UUUGGACUUUUCGGACCGCAAUAUUAGACAUAAAAAAGGUGCAUGCUUGAUUCGCAUGUUGCAUGGCGUGAUAAACGAUACCGCCUUUAGGAAUGGCUACCAGAAAUUCAUAGCAAGGUGGAAUUAUUCGACAGCGAAUGUUGACGAUUUCUGGGAAGCGAUGGCGGAAGAAGCUAUCGGUUUACCUAUGGAAAUUACGUUAGCCGAAGUGAUGAACUCUUGGAUUUCACAUCAUGGAUAUCCGAUUGUCAGCAUUAUGAGGAAAUAUAAGGAAGGCACCGCUAUUAUUCGGCAGCAAAGAUUUACAUAUGACCAAUCAUCCGACAUUCAACCGACGUGGUACGUACCGCUUGACUAUAUUAACAAAACGAGCAAUGAUUGGUCAUCUCCGAUAAAGACGUGGUUGCAUUCCGAAACGGAAAUGGUGGUGCAUAACAUUGGCGCUCAAGAUUCCUGGAUUGUAUUCAAUGUGAAUAAAACAGGUUAUUAUCGUGUGCACUAUGACGAGGAAAAUUGGAAGCUCUUGACACUGGCCCUCGAGGAAAAUCACGAAAUCCUUCCGGCAGAAACCAGAGCGUCGCUCAUCGACGAUGUGCUUGGACUCGCUGCGGUUGGCUUGACAAAAUACGCGACCGCUUUCGACUUUAUUAAAUAUAUGCAAAUCAAGGAAAGGCAUUACGCUCCCUGGGGUACUUUGAUGCGUCAUCUGUUGAAGUUGAACGGUCUUCUUUACGAAACAUCUGGCUUUAGCGCUUUUCAG